GGCGCGACAAAAGGGCGCGAGGGUUUGAACGCCGGCUUGGCCGCGUUGCCAUGGUGACGCGGCCUAGGCGGCGCUUCUGGCGCGGUUUCGGGGAGCUUCCCGCGCGCGCACCGAGGGAGCCGCUCUUUGGGCUCCCAACUCAGACGGAAGGGGCCUCCUGCGGUGGAGGCCGAAGAGGUUGGGGGGGCGCCUUCCCUCCGGCCUUGACCUCUGCCCCGUUGCCAGGGCGACAGGGAUACGUGGUGACCGGCGCGUCGCCCGCCAAGCUUAGCCGGAGCUGCUUCUUCUGUCCUGGAAGUUUGUUCAGGAGGGAGAAGACCUGAGGCUUUAGAUAGAAAAUGGCAUCGUGUCUCUAUGAAUGCCUCUGUGAGGCAGAACUUGAGAAAUAUUAUCCCAACUUUACUGCACUGGGCUUUCAAAGGAUUGAUGAACUGGCCAAGAUCUCAAUGAGAGAUUAUUCCGAACUGGGCGUGCAUAACAUGAAGGACCGCAAGCGCCUCUUCCAGCUUGUUCGAAUAAUCAAAACGUUGCAGGCGGAAGAGGAAGCUGCAGGCAGAAACCAGGAACAUUUUCAGACGGAUGGUGCUGCCUACCUCCAACCUCCAGUGACGAGAUCCGGCCCCCGGAGACAACUUCACUUUGAUUCCCUGGCAGAGGAAAGAGAGGGAAGAAAAAGCCCUGAAACUGGACUGUGUAUGUUAUCCAGUUCAGUGAAUGAAGAGAAGGAUGACGCCGUGUCAGUGUUGAGUCAUGACACCGAGUACGAAAGACCCAGAAAAGACUCUUUGUAUUCCUCUGCAACAUGGACAGAUUACCAGGUGGGAAGUCCAGUUCUCAGUUCGUGCAACGACGUCGCUCCUCUCUUGGUGGAUUCCGAAGCCCAUUAUGUACAAAGAGUAGCUCAUAUUUCUGGGUAUAAUUAUGGAGUGCCUCGCUCUUGUACCAGAGUGAACGCCCCUGAGAAAGAGGCUCCAUGGACUGAGAAAGAGAAGAUCCGGGUUUGUGUUCGGAAGCGUCCGCUAGGCUUAAAGGAGGAGCGGCGUGGAGAACUGAACGUUGUCACAGUGGAAGACAGAGACACUCUUCUACUGCACGAGAAAAAGGAGGCUGUGGACCUCACCCAAUAUGUUUUGCAGCAUGUGUUUUACUUUGACGAAGUCUUUGGGGAAGCUUGUUCCAACCAGGAUGUGUACAUGAAGACUGCUCACCCUCUCAUCCAACACAUUUUCAAUGGGGAGAAUGCCACUUGUUUCGCGUAUGGACAGACAGGGGCUGGUAAGACCUACACGAUGAUUGGCACUCAUCAAAACCCGGGGCUGUAUGCCCUGGCGGCCAAAGAUAUCUUCAAGCAGUUAGAAGCGUCCCAGACUGGGAAAGACCUUCACGUCUGGAUCAGCUUUUACGAGAUCUACUGUGGGCAGCUUUAUGACCUGCUAAAUGGAAGGAAGAGGCUCUUUGCAAGGGAAGACAGUAAGCAUGUUGUGCAGAUCGUCGGACUGCGCGAGAUUCAAGUCAACAGCGUCGGUCUCCUUCUAGAGGUGAUUCUGAAAGGAGGGAAGGAGCGCAGCACUGGGGCAACUGGAGUUAACUCUGAUUCCUCCCGGUCCCAUGCCAUUAUCCAGAUUCAGGUUAAAGACUCAGCAAACAGAGUGUUUGGGAGGAUCUCCUUCAUUGAUCUGGCCGGCAGCGAGAGAGCAGCUGAUGCCAGAGACUCUGACAGACAGACGAAAAUGGAAGGAGCUGAAAUAAACCAAAGUCUGCUAGCCCUAAAAGAGUGCAUCCGUGCCCUGGAUCAGGACCACGCUCACACGCCCUUCAGGCAGAGCAAGCUGACUCAGGUCCUAAAAGAUUCCUUCAUUGGAAAUUCCAAGACGUGCAUGAUCGCUAACAUCUCGCCCAGCCAUGUUGCGACCGAGCACACCUUAAACACCUUGCGAUAUGCCGACAGGGUCAAAGAGUUGAAGAGAGGGAUGAAAUGUUGCACCCCUGUAGUGAGCAGGCGGCGGCCGACGGGGAAUAUUUCUCCGAAACGUAUCCAGAGUUCUCCGUCAGUCCAGGCUGGGGAAAAAAGCUCCCCUAAGAAAGUAAAGCUGGGGCUUCAGCAUCCGACGGGACCUUCCGCUUCCUCGAGGCUGAAGGCCUCCCCUCUGCUCUUCCGCCCACUUCCGCCCACGUUCUCUUCCACCCCCAAAGGACUCGCCUGCAAAGGACCCCUCGGUGCUCCAUGGGUGGGACGGAGCAGUCCGGUGAAGGGAAUCCUGAGAGCAGGGGGGCCGGCCAAGAAGGCCACCGAUGGCCCGGUGGGGGCUUCGGCCCACAACCGCGCCAGGAAGGACUUGGGGGCCAAGAGGGAAGGCGGCCAAGGAGAGAGGCCGCCGGUCAAGGGUCUGAAAGUGCAACCGGUGCAGAAGCGAGUGGUUUACAGAGCUGAUUUUUCCUUUGGGGACGCUGCUCGCCCCGCGGCCCACCCGGAGCAUGCUGGGAGCCUGUUUGCAGAGCAGUGCAUGGCGGCCUGGACCGGCCUCCCACUCCACCAGAAAGAGAGGGAGCAGCACCUUCGCCUUUAUCACCAGCAAUUUCAGCAGCCCCCUAUCCUGCAGCAGAAGUUGAACUACCAACCUCUGGAAAAGCUCUUAGCCCGGUACAAGCCGCAAGAGAUUCGGGUGAAAGAAGAUCCCCCCUACCAAGGCUCGGGGUCCCCUCCGUACAGAGACGAGACGAUGCAGCUGGAGGAGCUGGACGACAGUGACUUCAGCGAGGACUCCUUCUCUCUUGGGCCCAGCCAGGGGGAGGCAGAGGCAGAAGCCCACAGGGAAGGCGACCGGGGCUCGUUCUUCCUCCAUCAGGGAGAGUACAGAGAUGAACGCUGGGAGGUCCAGGGUGGGCAAGAGCUGUUCGCCAAGCCGUGUGACCUUGAGAAUCAGGAGGCAGCCUCGUCGAGGGUGGAAGAGGCUGCCGCCUCCCAGGAGGACAGUCGGGGUCCAUCUGAGUGGAACGCAGAGGACGUGACCACAGUUCCUUCCUCUCCAAAGAACGACAUGCCAGAGAAGCCUUAUUGCUCACAACGCAGUAAUGUGGCACGCAACGACCAAAGCACCAAAGAAGCACUCGCCGGGCCAAAACCACCUGCAGGUACAGAACGAGCUCUAAGCUGCUCCGAUGAACAGCCCUUCCCUGGGCCAGAAGAGGCAACGCAAAGCCCACCGUUUGCCCACAAACUGGGAUCCACCCGCUGCGUUGCUGACGGGCCGACAGAAGGAUCUCUGCAAGGCCACCACCCUCCAGGGACCGCCAGAAAGAUAUGCCCCCAAAAGGGAACAGAUCUUGGUGCCGCUCCGAAUGUCGCCGUGGGCAGCUUUUCUGCUGUGGAGAUGAGUCCUCCUUUGUCAGUGUCCCUCCUCAACGCGGGCAUGACAGACCCUCCAGAGGAAGACCAGGCCCAGCGAUGGCAAGGGCAGGCUCGGCUGGAAGAGGAAGAGACCAUCCAGGCAAAGAAGCCUUUUUACCCCAGGAAAGGAUGGGAUGAGGAUACCAACCCCUUCCCUGGAAGCAAAUCCUCCCCUACGUCCAGCGCGUGCAGAAUCGGUCACUGGAGGAGAACAUCUGGCCAGGUGCUUUCUCCAGAAGCCGUGACCAAGUGGCUUUCAGAAUAUUCUCAUUUCCCAAAAGUUUCUUCUGCCUUAGGAGCUGAAUCAGCCUUAAGUGAGCACGGUGGUUGCGUUUGUGGGUCCUCUGCUGGAGACGCGGGGCUGGCAAAUCUCUUGUCCCUGUGCACAGAGAAGGAGGGCACGUUGUUCCUCGGCAAAUAUGUGUCUAGUCCCCAGUAUGAUGCUGACGCUGAAGCGGCCGUGGUGGCCUCACUGAACUCUUCUCGGCACUCCAGCUUAGGGGAAGAAGAUGGCCCCAAGGCCAUGGUGCCGCUCCAGUAUCUUGACGUCGUGGGGAAAUCUUUCCUUUCAAAUGACGCUUCUCUCCUCCACCCUUCAGGAAAUGAAGAAUCCUCUCCAGACAGCCUUUCAUUGCAGACCGGCUUGGCAUUUGGGACCCUGGAGGUGGGCCAGCCACGAGAAGCAUUCCAGUUGGUAUUCAGCAGUGAAGAAAUGGGUCUCCUUAAGGAUAAACCCACUAAGAUGAUGUUUGCCCACCCUCCGGAUCCUGCAGAACAGAAUUCGGAGGGGAUCGCCAAGGGGCGAAGCGCCAGGAUUCCCAAGAACUCGCCGAACGGAUGCUGCCAACUUUAUUUACCUGGAAGUUCCCAUGCAUAUAAGGAAGCUCUGGGGAGGCAGUUUGUACUCCAAAUCCAUCGCAAGCAGCUGGAUGAAAUGGCAGGCCUGUGCGUGCAGGAGGAGAGCCUGAUUUGCAGGAUGCCAGACCUGGAUUUUGAGGACUUCGUAAUGAAAUUAGACAGAAUCCUGGCACUGAAAUCCAAAUGCGUCCAGGGAAUGCGAACCCAGCUGCAGCCUUUCUUAAGUCCUCCUUCAGGGGGGACUCCCCCAAGUUAGCCCUGAAGUAGCGAUGACGGAGAGACAUGAAGGAGGUUGCUUUCAGUCACCCGCAUCUCUAAGGAGCAGAGACUUCAAGACAGAAAUCCUGCCCCUGGUACAUUUUGGCAAAAGACUUAAGAGUUGGUUUCAGAUGGAGAAGACACAGAACCCACGUGCGGCGCCCUUUGGGCGCGAACUCUACACGCUCUCCCUUAUGCCUGGCCGUGACAGAGGCGGUCCCUCUCGGCAGUCAGCAUCCAAACAGGUUUUCCCUCUAAUGGGAGUCCUAGUUCUGGAAAAAGUGAACCUACUGCAAACCGUCACCACCUCUUUUCCCAGCUGCUGCCCUUUGGCAAAGAACGCCUACCGCCAGCUAAGGAAUACAAUCCCUAGCGUGGCUGAGCUGCAACAGCCUGAGAUUUUAGAGCGACAAGCGGUCAGGUGAGCCGGUGAGCCUGAUGUCCCCACUGCAAAACAGGAGCGUGAGAAAGUAAUUGGCAUGGAUCAUGUUCCCAUCUGUAAGGAAAUCAUCCCCUCCACACCCUGUUUAUCAUUCUGCAUUAAGGCCUUGGCUAUCUAGUGGCUGAAUAAUUGCCUUCGGUCAGGGUGUUUUCCCAGCUCAAGAUGUCUAUCUUAAUUUAUGAUGCAGUAAAGGGUUUUUGAAGGUCACGGUGCAGGCAACACUCAUUGUUUGGCCUGAAGUGGGGACUCUUAGAUGGCUUAUUCACCCAACUGUAGUAAACAUCCGGGCCUGCCAACUCUGCGAAAUUGGCGCUCUCUUGCUUUCCUGUAUAGCAGUGAUUCCUCAUCUUGGGGCUGCAAUCCCCAGAAACCCCAGCCAGCACAGCUGGUCUUGAAGGCUUCUGGGAACCGCAGUCCACUGCUGUAGAGGAUUUCCAGG